AUGGCAGGACCGCCCUCCCCCGUCCUGAUCCUGAUUCUUUUCAACCGGAGGCUGAUUCAACUUUGCGUGGCGCCAUCAUACUUCAUCAUGCGGCUGUCAGACUCAGCUGGAACAAAGCUCCUAGGCUUUGAGAUGCGUUUCAUGCGUGAUAAUUAUUUCUUCUUUUCAAGGCGAACAAAGGAUUUUGUCAGCGACGGCCAUUCCCACGAACGCGUCAAUGUGGCGAGGUUACGCCGCGCCGGCGAGGUAGAAGCACGUAUCGAGGCUGGUUGGGGUCAGAGGGCCCGCCCCCGGGACCCUCUUGAGGAGGACGACUCGGCGGCGUCGGCGGCAGCAGCGGGGACCGGGACCACGACGGCGAGAGGGGGCCGAGAGGAGGCGGCGGUGGACGUCAUCACUAUCACCACCACCAUCCAACUGCCGCUGGUGCCACUUCUCACCCCCUUCCGCCACGGCCGCCGCCAGUUUCCAGUAGUCAUACAUCGGGUUUCCGCUGCGCAGGAUCUGUUCCAGCGCGCCCUGUGUCCAAGGCCCGGCCAGGUCUUUGCCCCCACCCGAGGGGCGCCAACCGGCUAGCCCCUUCCCCCCGGUACCGGGGGGAAGGGUCCUCCUCCUUCUCCUCUGCCUUCUCCUCCUCCACACUUUCUCGCUGGCGCUUGCGGGUGCGACGUUGACGAUUAUUCUUCCUCUGGCAGUGUGGUCCCUUGUUCGAUGCAGUUGGCACACGCGGC